UACCCUUGAAAUUUCUCAUUUAUACCCUUGAAAUUUCUCAUUUAUACCGUUGAAGUUGACUUGUUAGUCAUUUAAUGUCGUUAACUUUACUUGUUACUCCUUCCAUGGGGAAUUCAAUCCUGUAAAUUGAAUAUUUUAAAUCAUUUUACUAUGAUAUUUAUUUCUACUAUUUUAUCAUGGUUCUGGGAGUCUCUGGUUGUAAAGUAUCAGAUUUUAGCUAAACUGUGUAACUCAGAUGACAUCAGAUUCUCCUGGCACUUUAGAUGAUAAAUUGGAGAAAACAGUACAAGUUUCGAACCUUCCAGCCAUUUUUGAUGAAUCUGACAUACAAAUACUAUUUGCCAACGUUGGUAAAAUUGUCAACUGUGUGUUAACCAAAUCACCCAGAGGAUCCGCAAACUCCUCAGUAAUAGAAUUCACUACUCUUGAUGAAGCUCGUGUUGCUGUUAGUUUAAGUGGAGUCUCAGUUCGACAUCACAUUUUAACGAUUGAGUAUUCUAAACACACAAUUUCAAAGCGUAAAUCGCCUGAAUCUCAAUCUUACUCAGAUGACAUUAAAGGGAAAAUAGCCAAAGUUCUUGAAAUCAGAGACAUGAUAAACAAAAAACUGGCCACAAAGUCGUCCAUUUCUACUGAUAAAUCCUCAGAACCUUCCUCUUCUGAAUCCCUUAAACCCAAAAUUAAGCCUGAGAAGUUUUCUAAUCGUAAAAUCACUAGAUUUGACUGUAAAUCACCAAACUCAGUAAGAACCCUCAAAGACGCCUGAGAUUACUCCAAACAAUAUUCUAAUGUACAAAUUGUUAGUGUAAUCUACUACGACACAUAUAA